AUCAUCACAAAUAACAUCCGAGUGCUCCACGGGUAUGAAAAACGAAACCUUCUGUCUAUCAUUGGCAUCGCAGGAAGUUCAAUGUUUGUUGAGCACCAUAGUGCUGCUUUGGAACACAGGUGAUGGAUGGCUGAGCACAGCAGCAGCCCUGCUUGGAGGGUCUAGCCUAUAGCCUCUCUCAGUGACAGGAUGACUAUGCCAGAGAGCACUACGGUUUUCUUUAAUCUGAGCUUCCCCGUGGAGUGGAAUCAGUCUGACUCCAGACCGGAGACACCUGACAAGGAGAAGAACUGGCCUGCUCUGCUCAUCUUAAUGGUCAUCUUCUUCACUGUGGUGGGCAACAUCCUGCUCAUCCUAGCUGUGUCUCUGGAGAGGAAGCUGCAGAAUGCCACCAGCUUCUUCCUGCGCUCCCUGGCUGUGGCAGACAUGCUCGUGGGGUUUCUCGUCAUGCCGGUCUCACUGAUCAACAUUCUCUAUGACUACGUGUGGCCCUUCCCCAGACCCCUCUGUCCCGUCUGGAUCUACCUAGACGUGCUGUUCUCCACAGCAUCCAUCAUGCACCUGUGUGCCAUCUCACUGGACCGCUAUGUGGGCAUCUGUAACCCCAUCCAACAUAGCCGCUCCAACACCCUCUCCAAGGCCAAGGCUAAGAUCGCCCUCGUCUGGACCAUCUCCAUAGGUGAGUUCAUGCUGACUCUCACACCCAUCCCUGUGAUUGGCCUGUAUGACGAGGGGAAGGUGUUUGCCAACGGGACCUGUGUACUGAACGAGCACAGCUUCGUCCUGGUGGGCUCCUUCGUAGCCUUCUUCGUCCCUCUGGUCGUCAUGGUGGUCAGCUACUGUUUGACUGUACGUGUUCUGCAGCACCAAGCUUCUGACUUCCUGCAUGGAGGCCAGGCUUCAAUCAACCGUCCGGCCCUACUCAGGAUCACCCCAAGGUCCCCUGCAGGGGACAGUCUCCGUCUCCUCAAACAGGACCCUGCCCCUGAGGCCUUGCCAGCUGUUGGUUCCUCCGACGUUUCCGUCUCUCAAGCCUCCCUUCAACCCAUCUCUCCAGCAGGGAGACAGGAGCCAGGGGGAGCUGGCAUGGCUCAAUCAAUCAAAAAUGAGAGGAGAGCCUCCAUGGUCCUGGGUGUGGUGUUUUUCCUCUUCCUGAUUAUGUGGUGUCCAUUCUUCAUCACCAACGUGCUGAGCGUCUUGUGUGAGGACUCGAUAAUAAGCCUGUGCAAUAAGCCCGUGUUGGCAGUGCUCCUAAAGGUCUUUGUUUGGGUGGGAUAUGUCUCCUCUGGUGUCAACCCACUGGUCUACACUCUAUUCAACAGGACCUACAGACAGGCCUUCCACCGCUACCUACAGUGUAUCUACCACAGCCCGCCAGCCAAGAGCACCAAGAGUAUUUCUGUUAAUACAGUCACGCCUAUUCUAUGCAGUAAAGAUGCCAACGACUGUAGCUGUAACAGCCACAAUGGGCAUAAAGUGGAAAUGAAAGGAAGAAUGGGGUUGGAGAGAGAGGGUACAGGGUCUGGGAUGCUUGAAAAGUUGGCCAGUGUCUGUCCCACCACCGCUGAGGAAGUCAGCUGUGUCUGAACUGGCUGGCUGGCCUACUGUCUUUCCCUUUCAGGCUCUCUACAUACAAAACAUUGUGGUGACACAGCUGUUGCUUCAUGUCACUGCCUGGAUUCUCCAGCUCAUCUUCAUGUUCAAACACAGGAGAUGUACUGGAUUCUCAAUCUCCACUUCCUGUUCAAACACAGGAGAUGUACUGGAUUCUCAAUCUCCACUUCCUGUUCAAACACAGGAGAUGUACUGGAUUCUCCAGCUCCACUUCCUGUUCAAACACAGGAGAUGUACUGGAUUCUCCAGCUCCACUUCCUGUUCAUACACAGGAGUUACACUCAAUGUCUCCCUGUUUGCUGGACCUGUAAACAUGACUCAAUGAUAUAUGAAAUAGUGUUAAGUCUGCACAAUUGAUAAUGUAUGUGUCAGACAUUAAUUACAGCUAGUGAGUAAUAUGUGUGUAGUCAGUGUGGUUAUUGUAAUGAAAUGUCCAUUAACUGCACUACUAGUAAAUCAAAAGGCGUUUGCAUCUCUCACAACAGGGCUUUGAGGAUAAUUUACAGGGAAACCACUUGCUGUAUCUCUCUGUAAUCCUGGAGCCACAGUGCCACCUAAUGGGAAUAUACUGUACAAUACAUAAAAAUGUAAUUUCUUACUAGAAGUUUUUGUUCUGUCUGUAUGAUAGAUUCAAGUCAAAGAUAAUAGUAUUGCACUUGAAUGGGAAACAGAUGUCUUCAUGGACAAGGAGAUGUUUCACUCCCCAUUACCUCAAGACUGGUUAAUAUUUCUGACAGAGUGAGGCCAGGAACCACACUCUAUGAGUAUUUUUUCUUCUUCUUAAAUCAUAUAUCACAGUCAACUUUUACUAGUUUAUUUUUUAUAUWUUUUUUCCCCCUCUGAAAUAUUGUAUUAAAAUAUACAAAUGAGGUUAAAUAUCUCAUUAAAUAUGCACAUAUUUGCCUAUUAUGCAAAGUGAGUUUUGGAAACCCUGGUCUAAGGAUAACCACUGAACAUUUAGUGAAUGCAGAUGCUUCUGAGGCUGAGAACAAUGUGUUGGCGUGUGAGAGGAGUCUGACUUUCAGGAAGUGGCAGUUAAAGACAACCCCUAUGAAUUUAGACAACCCAACGUCAUACACCUAUUUAGACUCAAUCAUCAUAUCUUCAAGGUAAGUUACUACAUAUCGGCCAGUUUGUAACAUUGAAAUGGGCUUUUAAAUUAUAUGUGAUUCAAUGUAGUGAGCUUUGAAAUCAUGGAUGUAUGUCCAUUUAAGGGGUUACAAUUCAUUACAUUUUGAUGAUGGUAGUGGUAUGAUAAACUAA